GCUAAUUGACCAAAAUGUAGGCAAUCUGAAAAACCAAACCGUGUUUGUUUCUAGCCGGAAUCAAGUCGUGUUGCACCGGGUGUAACCAUCGAGCUAACGUUAGGCUAGUUAGAUGUAGCUAGCUAUAGGUUUUUGUCAACGUACGCAGUUAAUGGAUUGACACAUUUCAUGCGAUUAUCACGGGAUGCUGAUGAAUCUCUUGGGUGUCACUUUAUUGUACUAUCACUCUGCUGUUGUCGUCGACGUCCUCGCUCCGGUUUAUCCUUUAUUGGCUGCCCCGUGUUGGUCAGUUAGCUAGUUAGCCUUCUAAGCUAGCUCGGUGCAGCGGCGUAUGGGUGUCAAAGUUAGCCGGGACUUCUCCGGGUGUCUGGUUCCCUGAUCUCACAUUUCGGACACGUCAAGGUAAACAUUCAGCCUCCGGCGAGUAGGAAGGCCAGCUUGCUAAGCUAACGUUGUAUCAGUCGUGAAUACUGUCAACAGCAUUCCAUAAAUACGCGCAUGUAAGCCGGUAAACUUUGGACCGGCAUGUCCUUUAAUGUCUCCGGUUACUUUAUCUCAUGUCCUGGCUUUGAACUGUCACCAAAGAGGCUCAAAUUGGAGCUAACGCUACCUAGCUUCAGCUGUCAAACUCCUCGCUGUGCUGUUUAUUAACCUCUUUUUGCGAUCUUCUGAUUUAUUUUACACGUAUAACUAUUAUUUCCAGUUAAAAUCCCUCCAAAGUCAUUAUUUUCUCUCACAGUUUGCUAUCUUCCCUAUCAAUCAUGCUUAUUUAAAAUGAAAUCAGAAAUACGGAAUCACAUUAUAAUACUGAUCCCGCUUCCUGACUGUGUUAAAAACACUUUUAUUCCAGCUUAAGUUCAGGUUUUGUGUAAAAAAAAAAUGUGUAAAGAGUGACUCCUUAUUGAUCCCAGUUUUAAACUUUGACCCGUGACACUACACUUCACUGAUCGAUAUGAAACAGAGUAAUAAUGAGUCACAUCAGCGCUGACAUGAUCAGGAAAAUACCUCAAAUGUUGACAUAGUUUGGGAGUAAACGUGGCGGUAGCAUUUUCAAUUUGUUAAACAUAAAAUGGUAUUAAGGAGUGUCCUAUUUCUGUAUGUGAUCACAUAUUAAUGACUCAUCUGCUGGCUGUUAAAUACCUAGAAUAUGGGUGUGUGAUAUUGCCAUACUAAUAUAGCAGGCUCUUAUAUGUAUUGUUCAUAUUAAUGAUAAAAACAGCAUAUUGAAGAAAAUCUGAUAUAUUUAUUUACUUAAAACUGAGAAAUUACAGAAAAAAAGACACAAAAAUACUACAAUCACCAGGUUUGAUAUUGACAUAAAACUGCCAUGGCCUUUACUGGGUUUGCUUUGCAAGAUAUUGGGGCCUCAACAAACAUAUAGUGGAAAUAAAAAGUCUACACACUCCUGUUCAACUGCCAGGUUUUAAUGAUGUAAAAAAAUGACAGCAAGAUAAAUAUUUUCACAACUUUUUCCACAUUUAAUGUGACCUAUAACCUGUGCAAUGUAACUGAAAAACAAACUAAAACCUUUAAGGGGAAAAAUAUAAAAUAAAAGAACUAAAAUAAUCUGGUUGCAUAAAUAUGCACACCCUUAAACUAAUACUUUUUUGCAGCACCUUUGGGUUUUAUUACAGCACUCAGUCUUUUUGGGUAGUGGCAAGUGGGAUGUGGCAAUAUUUGCCCACUCUUCUUUGCAAAUCUGCUCCAAAUCUGACAGAUUGCGAGGGCGUCUCCUGUGCACACCCCUUAUCAGAUCACCCCACAAAUGUUCGAUGAGAUUCAGGUCUGGGCUCUGGCUGGGCCAUUCCAAAGUCUUAAUCUUAUUCCAGUGAAGCCAUUCUUUUGUUGAUUUAGAUGUGCGCUUUGGGUCAUUGUCGUGCUAAAAGAUGAAGUUCCUCUUCAUCUUCAGCUUUCUAGCAGAAGGUUGAAGGUUUUGUGCCAACACUGACUGGUAUUUGGAACUGUUCAUAAUUCCCUCCACCCUGACUAAGGCGCCAGUUCCAGCUGAAGAAAAACAGUCCCAAAGCAUGAUGCUGCCACCACCAUGCUUCACUGUGGGUAUGGUGUUCUUUUGGUGAUGAGCCGCCUACUAGAACAGCUGAACUUUAUUUGGGGUUGAUCAGAGGCACUUUAACAGGUGUGUGCUGACUCCAAUUUAACCUGAGUUUGAAUGUUAUUGGUUAAAUCUGAACACAGCCACAUCCCCAGUUAUUAAAGGGUGUGCACACUUAUGCAACCACAUGAUCUCAGUUGUGUAUUUUGACUUCACCUCCAUGAAAGAUUUCUGUUUGUUUUUCAAUUGCACAUUAAAGGUGGAAGAAGUUGUGAAAUUAUUUAUCUUGAUUUAAUUUUUUUACAUGACAAAAACCUGGCCGUUGAACAGGGGUGUAUAGACUUUUUAUAUCCACUGUACCUAGAGUAUAUGCACCAAAACGCACUCACAGGGAUGCCACGCUCCACUCUUAACAACACUGGAGGCCAGCUACCCUAAAACAAGGUUUUAGAGAUCAAGACUUCAUGACAGGGCCACUAAUUUAAGGCCCAACUUAGUUCUGUUUUCACUGAACCCACACAAGGCUUGUAUUUUUCUUUGAAGGAUGAUUUCUAGUUUUUCCAGUCAGUGUGAAAACUUCGGAACUGGGUUACAUUAAAUUCUGCAUAUACUUGGAUUUAUUUUGAACACACCUGAGAAACUUUAGGCAGUAAAAUUUGUAAAUUGACUUACAUAAUAAAAAGUUUAAAGAUGGAACCAUUGCAGAAUAAUAUGCUGAUUAAUUAGUGCAUCCUCCUAACUGAUCAAUAUUUAUAAUUCUGUGUUGUAGCAAAAGCUUUUCCAUGUAACCUGAAACAUUUCUAAAUCUCGUUUUCCCUUUUAAGGUUUCUCCUAUCCGUCUCCUGAUUUUGGGGGCUGUGAUGUCGGAGCCCAAAACCCCCACACCCACUCCUGCUGGUGACACGUACAAAGGUUGGGUGUUCAAGUGGACAAACUACAUCAAAGGAUACCAGCGGAGGUGGUUUGUCCUGAGCAAUGGGCUGUUGUCGUACUACAGGUACACUUUAAUGUAAAACUAACAGAGAUAUACAUGUCUUUCACCUUGAUCAUGCAACUAGAAUAAUCCCUCUGCAGUCACUGUUGCUACUGUUGAAUUACGCCUGAUAAGCUGCUGAUUAUAUUAACUUAUCAAUGUGUGUUGCCCAUUUUUGUCACACUGCAGCCUGUGAUUGGUGUGAGGGUGCAAUCACAGAACAACUGUCAAGCACUUUGUUUUGAUGAUAAGCAAUGUCAAAGUGCUCACUAACUAGCGAAGAGUGGACUCUGUCCUGCGGGUGUGCUGGAACCGACAUACAGUGUAUGGAGGUUUGUCCAUUUUGGAAAGUGAAACCCCUGCGAGUCGGGACUCAGUGUAAAGUUUAAAAUGUUAAUAUAAAGCCCCCCAAGAUUCCCCAGGGCUUGACACUAACUUUUUUCACAAGGAGCACAUGUGCUCUAAGUUGAAAAAAUAAGGAGCAUACAAAGAACUUUAGUGGUACAAUGAAAAUUGAUCAAAUAAUGUUUGUCUUAUUGUAUUUGUCUUAAGUACUAUUAUUUGAAAUCAAUUUUAGGUCUUUAGGUCACAUGACAUGGAAGCUAUUGAAGGAAAGGUUCAAAAUUUGCCUUUAAAUUUAACACAAAAACUUUUAGAGGACAAAUUAGGGAAAAAAAGAGGUGUGUCUUAUUGGUUGACAUAAGUACUAUUUUUUAAAAUUAAUUUUUCGUCAGUUGGUCACAUGACAUGAAGCUAUUGAAGGAAAACAGACUUUUUUGAGAACAUCAACCAGUAAUUUAUUGAUGGUCCCUUAUUCAACACCUGAUGUUGACAGGGAGUUUGGCGAGUAGAUUUAACCGCUCUGCUGUUGCUAUAUCUGGUUAUGGAGAGUGAGAAGACACCGGUAGAUCUUCAGUGAGUGUCCAACAGAUAUCCAACCUAAAACUAACUUCACCGCGGUAUUUACAUGAAAAAAAAAUUUGUUGCCUCGGCUGAUUUUCUUAAUGCACACAUGUGCUCCUUAAUACAUUUUACAAUACGCACACAUCUAUUUUUAGUCGCAAAUGCGAGUGAAACGGUCGCACUGUCGAGCCCUGAAUCCCCUAUUGGCCUCCAUGUAACAGGUAUGUGUGAAUGUGCAGAGUCAGGCAAAUUUCUGGGUUCGAGCUCCUGAAAUUUUCUGGUUAUUGUCUGAAAACAGCUGUACUCGUGCUCGUAAUGCUCUGUGACAAUGUAUUUUUUAAUUUGCUUUGAAGCAGUGGUUCUCAAUCCAGUCCUCGAGCCCCCCACUGUCCUCCAUGUUUUGGAUGUUUCCCUACUCCAACACACCUGAUUCAAAUGAUUAGCUCGUUAUUAAGCCAUUACAGAGCUUGGUAACGAGCUCAUCAUUUGAAUCAGGUGUCUGCUGCAGUGAUCGGUCUUAUCUUCUAAUUAGCUCGUUAAGUCCACCUGGCCUGAUUCUGAGUCACUCUACCUCAGGGUGAAAGUUGUGUCUUACCAACUUUUACUCAAACUGGCACUAAGAAGGCUUUUUUUCUGGCGAAUUGUUGCAGCCACAGAUUGUUUCUCUCUUCAGUUGCGUUUAUAACACAAAAUCUGGACAUCUUCUUUUUAUUAGGACCCAGGCAGAAAUGGGCCACACCUGCCGAGGCACGAUUAACCUGGCUACAGCGACCAUCACUGUGGAUGACGCCUGCAACUUUGUUAUCUCCAAUGGGGGGGCACAGACGUACCACCUGAAGGCCAGUUGCGAGGUGGAGCGUCAGCGCUGGAUCACUGCCCUGGAACUGGCUAAAGCCAAAGCGGCCCGCAUGCAGGCUGAGUCAGGUAAAACAAAACGACUAAAAACACACAGCAGAGAGACAGAGUGAAAAAAACCCUUAUCAUCACGCUUUUGUUUGCUGACUUGUUUCUCUGAUUACCAACAGACGACUCCGGGGAUGACUUUUCUCCGUCAUCCACGCCGGCGGCUCCUGGACAAGGCGUGGCAUCACAAAACUCAGAAGUGCAGUCAUCCUUGAGAACGCUUGGCAGCAAAGUGGAGGAUCUGAGCACAUGCAACGACUUGAUCUCAAAGCACGGAUCUGCCCUCCAGAGGUCAGCCUUUACCUGCUUUAUAACUCUCUCAGUCUAAGCUCUCACGGCCAAAGAGUUAAAAGUUCUUUCGUCUCUCAACUUAGAGAGUAGAGAAUCGGAGACUCAGACAUAUUUUUUUUUUUUCAGAUGUUUGUUUUUUUCUUUUGUUAUUUUACAAACAACAAAAACACUCAACAAACUUAUUCAUGACAAAAAGAUAUUCUUUCUCACAGUAUAUGUAAGAAUAUUAUACAGUCUGCUGGAGCAGGUACUCAACUCAACUCAACUUUAUUUGUAAAGCACAACAACCACAGCUGAACAAAGUGCUGUACAUAAAUAGACAAAACAACGCAGACUUAAAAAAAAAACAAUUAAACAAUGGAUAAAAUAAAAGCAGAUAUUAAAAAGUAAAAGUAAAACUAAUUUAAAAACAUAAAAACAAAUAACUAAAAAGAAACCAUAAAACACUCAAACAGGAGCCGAGUCUCAUGCAGGGUUAAAAGCCAAUGAAUAAAAAUGGGUUUUAAGACGAGUUUUAAAAAUGGACAGUGUGGGGGCUUGUCUGAUUUGGAGGGGUAGCUUGUUCCAUAAUUUUGGGGCCGCAACAGGAAAAGAUCUAUCGCCUCUGAGCUUUAGUUUAGAUAAGGUAAGAUAAGGUAGGUAAGAUGGAGCCAGACCAUUUAAAGAUUUAAAAACAAAUAAAAGAAUCUUAAAAUGAACUCUAAAAUGUACAGGUAACCAGUGGAUGGAAGGCAGGGUGGGAGGAAUGUGCUCCUUAUUAUGUACUCCAGGUACCAACAAUACCAUCUUGACACUGGUGACCCAGGAGUGAAGAGAUGGGAUUCAAUCUCAGAGGCAUACCAAAAAUGUUUCCAUAUCGUGUUGAAUAUCAACCCAGGAUGUAUGAAUUUUUAGGGGAAAACCAAACACAGUGUGUAAAGGCUCCAACAGAGAUUUUAUAAUUUAGACACAGAGAUGAAGUUUGGGGGUUGAUUUUAUGCCUUUGGCUGGGAGAGAUCCUCAAGAGGUAACUUCAACACGGUAUUUGCAUGAAAAAAACAUUUGUUGCCUCGGCUGAUUUUUUUUUUAUGUGCACAUGGUACAGUAUUUUAAAUUGUAGCAAUCUUGCGCAAUAGCACAUGAAGACCUUCCUUGUAUUACUCCAUAUCACCUCCCAUUUACCCUCAUCAAUAUUCACACCCAGUUCAUUUGCUGUUCAGUGCGUGACAUAGUGGUAUUAGUUUUGAGGGUGUUUUUUGUUGUUGUUAUGAAAUCUCUAAUAUGGAGGUAUCUAAAAAAAGUGGUACCUUUUGGAGAUUAUAUUUCUUUUGAAUAUGUUCAAACGAUAACAAGGACGCUCCUUCAAAUAGAUGAAACAUUUUCUUUAUCCCUUGGGAUGUCCAAGUGUUAUUAUAAACCAGACACGCCUGGCUCAAAGCUUGGGUUACCCUGAAUUGGAGUUAGUAGAGGGGUUAAGUUAGAUUACCCUUCGAGCUUCUGUGAAAGAAACUAUGCCUAUUACUGUUUUGGAAACUAUGGGGUUGUUAGAUAAGAGUCUAGCUGGUCUAAAGGCUCAACAAUGAGCGAGGGAUCAGUGAUGACUCAAGAAGAAGAAUCCUCCUUCACCCGUCCUGAAACGAAUCUCACUUGAGCUCCCAGUUGAUAACAUUUCAGACAUAUUUCUUUGAAGGUUAUAAAAAUACAAGCGCUCUACUUUAAACCUCUCUGUUGUUUUGAUGUUCUCAUGCUGAGUGGAGGUGUGGCAUCAUUUAUGUCUGAAGUAUGUAGAGCAACAAACACUUGAUACCUUUUAAGAACACUAAUUAACUUUGACAGCAAAUCAACCGUACAAACGCUUUUGUUUCGUUUCAAGUGUUAAUUGUGUAAUCCUUCGAUGUAGGAUUCCUGCUGUUUUCCUUCUUUCUGAUCUUUUUUUUUUUCUGGUCUCACAUGGAACCACAAGUGACAUUGCAGCCUUUUAUUUUUAGUAAACUUCAGGUGCAUACGGAUCAGCUGUCACAGGGAAACAUUUUAAACGUGAGAUGUGAUUUUUUGAGUCCUUUACCAAAGAACUGACACUGAGAAGCAGAAAGAAACUCAAGGUCACUACUAGAGGUGGAGAGAUAUAGGUAUCAGGGGUGGAUUCAGAGUAAAGCUAGGGGUGCCCCUGCCCUCCCUGAUAUUUGAGUAUACACCCCAAAAUCCUAAACUAUGUCUGUCUAUUCCCCUGUUUUUGUUUUUUCUUAAAUCUUAAUCCCUGUGGUGUGUUUUAAUCUCUGAUUCAGGUCUUUAUCGGAGCUGGACAGUUUGCGUCUGACAGGAGAGGCUGGGGAUAAAAUCCGGCAGGUCACAGAGAGGGCCACACUGUUCCGCAUCACCUCCAAUGCCAUGAUUAAUGUAAUCCCACCCUCUUGCUUCUUCAGCUAGUUCUCUCUAGUGAUUGAUUCAACCCAAAAAUCCAAAUUUACUGCAUUAAUUGUUCUAAUUACUAAAAUUGCGAGAUCGUGUGUGUGUUGCCCCACAGGCAUGCAGAGACUUCCUCGCGCUGGCUCAGGCGCACAGCAAGCGGUGGCAGAAAGCCCUCCAAGCAGAACGGGAGCAGCGAGUGCGGCUGGAGGAGACUUUAGAACAACUGGCCAAGCAGCACAACCACCUGGAGCGAGCGUUCAGAGGGGCUGCGCAGGCUAACGCUACUGCUGACAAUAAAAGUAAGACAGGGAACCCAAAAACUUCACAACUACCCAAAACAAAAAAACGCUUGGGCGCUUCCGCCGGGGUUUUUUUUCCCCAUAAAAAUCCGCCUCCAAGGAAUACACGUCAUGGAAUGUUUCAUGACAGAGAGUACCUGCAAACCAGGUUUGGUUUCAUUUUUAAAAUCCUAACUGAUUGUUGAUGUUAAGGUGCUGCCGGUCCAGGGAAAGGUGAAGCCAGUGACGAAGAUGAUGACAACGAGUUCUUUGAUGCCAUGGAGGAAGCCCCUGAGUUUAUCACUGUGCCCGCAGACCCACAGUUUCACAAGUCAGUGCUUUUUAAACCAGCCCAUAUUUACACACACUUCCCUGCCGUCUUACAGGAAAACAAAUCUCAUCAUCUGAAUUCUCCUAUCAUUCCUCUAUCAUGAGUGUGUGAGAAUGUCUCUUUUGUUUAGCUCAGUUCUUUGUAUGGCGCAGACACGUGAUACAGACACAUGAUACAUGCUGUUAUCAUUUGUACAGUCAAUUAAUCUUGUUGGCAACCAGUUUAUGCCGCAUAUUCUCAUGAUUGUUCAUUGAAAACUUCCUGAAUCUAACAGAAACCUCUUUUGUAAUCUCUCUUGCAGAAGAUCAAGCAGUAAUAUCAGCGGGUUUAACAGCGAAAUGUGUGCUGAUGAUCAAUCGGUAUGUACAGGGGAAAGUUACCCAGCCACUAAAAUGUGUUUAUUUUUAUUAUUUCUACAAGCUUUUACUUCUGCACUGACAUACUGUUCUGCCUUCUAGCUCAAUGAGGAGCCCCUAGCCAUGAACCAAGAAUCCCCGUCUCAGGAGUUAGUGCCCUUGAAAAAGAGGCGGACACGUAUCGCAGACAAACCCAACUACUCCCUCAACCUGUGGAGUAUCAUGAAGAACUGCAUCGGCAAAGAGCUUUCCAAGAUCCCCAUGCCUGUGAGUAUCUGAGCUUCACAUGGUUCCAGCGGCUCCUUUAAGAGUCAAGUGAGGCUCUUCAAUUGCCUGUCAUUUUAUUUUAAAUUUACUGUCGUCGUAAACCUGACAAUGGGGCUUGUUAGGCGAAUGAGGAACUUGCCACCCAGGGCCAAGCGUUCCACUGAGUGCAGAGGCAAUUUAAAUUUGUGAUUGGACAGGUUCAAUGCCUUGAUCUCUAAUUGGUGAACCUACAAUCGAAUAUCCUAAAAUUGAUCAUAUUUUCCCUUAAUUUAAUCCUAAAAGUGAAAUUUCAAUAUAUUCUAGAGUCGUCACAAACAAAGUGAACUACUUCAAGACUUUUUAGUUUAAAUCUUUAUGAUUACACUCACAAAAUAGUCCACUAUCUUAAAACACCGAUCUAAAACACCUGAUUUAUAACACAGAAAUGUCCACUCCUGGAGACUUCUGUGUGUUUAUGCUCUCAGUACUUGGUUGAGGCUCUUUUUGCAAAAAUUGCUGCAUCAAUGUGAUGUGGCACGAAGGCAAUCUGAGGCCCAGGUUGAUUUGAAAGCUUCUCUCUCUCUCUCUCUCUCUUGAUGACCCCCCCCCAGAAAUCCUCUAUGGGGUUCAGGUCAGGCAAGUCCACUGGCAAGCAAUCCGGUGGUCCGCAAACCACUUUGUGGUAGUUUUGUCGCUGUAGGCAGGUGCCAGUCAUUUAGAUACAAAUGAAACCGGAUGACAUGCUGCCAUCCAGACCUGGACUUGCUGUUGACUCAGAUCCGGAUUACACUAUGACUCAGAGGGUGUGUGAGAAGUAGCUGCCUGAGUGGGAUGUCACAGAGACGCAGCAGGAGAAAUAUGUGAGUUUGAAAUCACAGAAGUGAAAAGCACAAAGAACUCUGAGUCAGGAACAGAAAGAUGUCGGCGCCAAACUGGUCGCCUGUGUCUUACAUGUUCUGGCAACUAAAAAGGGAGAGAUAUUUUGAUAUUUAAUUCAAUUUAUAAUGGAAGAAACUAAAAAUUUUUAGGGUAAGGUCAUAAUAUAAUGAGAACAAAGUCAUAAGAAAAGACAGUCGUGGUGUUAAGAGAAUAACGUGAAAAUGAUCAUUAUUUUUGAAGGGUCAGAUUAUAAGAGUAACCUCAGUGAAAAUGGAGCUUAUUGUGAUCAAGUAAAAAUGUCACAAAAGCAGUUCUUUAUCUUCUUUAGCAAUACACUGUCAAAGUAUCUCCACUGUUUGUUAAGAUCGGCUAAGGUGAGCCAUGAUUCAUAAGCUCCUGUCUAAUUACAGCCUUACAUUAACCACCAGGUAAUCCUCAAACAAAAUUGUUCUCCCUUGAGGGCAUAACCUUAAGAACUGCUUACAUUAACCCUCGUCUGAGAACUCAGGCUGUUACUCGAGCAUGGUAACUAAACGUGCUGCUGAUAAGAGUUGUCAAAAGAUCAAACAGAGAGAAAGGUGAGGGGGAGCCGCUGGAGGAAAGGCGGGACGAUCUGCCGAGUGCGAAGUUGAGGACGGCUGUCAGCGUGGUAUGUGUGAGUUGUGGCGGGCGACAGAGGUGAGGGAAAGUCGGAUGUGCAAAUAAGAGCUUUUGUCAACACACUGGAAUAAGCUGAAGAACAAGAGUCAUUAUAGAAAUCUGCACCAGUCAUUGACAGAAGUGCUGCGCUCCACCAGAAUAAAUGUUGAAUAUUUUAAGGCCCCAUGUAACGCCUUUUUAAAAACUGACAUAAUGACAAAUUGAGAACUCCUCAGAGGCCUCGUCACUUUCAAAAACUGCUUAAAAAAAGGUUGAAAAAAACAUCGAAAUGACCUCCUAAUUCACGCAGGAUUGUUGUUUCUCAACACUCAGCAUGACUUACAGGAAGUUUGUCAGUCCUCUGGCAGUUUCACAGCCUCUUCUGUCAACACUUGGCUCCUCUUUUCAUGUCAUUGUUUGGCUGAAAGGGAAAGAAAAAAUGCCUUCGCUCUUUUGACAAGUUAACCGCAGCGAUUUAAGGACACCGCUUUUUGACACCAUCCCGCUCCUGUGACGUGGGUUCAAUCAAAACACCAGUCAAACUUUAUUUCUAUGGUACGGGCUCGGCCACAUUCCUGGCAGGUCAUCUGCAGUCUUUUGGCAUCGAGAAUAAAAGCGCUUAUACUUCUUGUUUGUUUAGAAGACCACGGAAACUAGUUGCAGAUACACGCCUAAGAUCUUUGUGCAGGUUUCUUUUUUUAAAGUGAUAUUUCUGUCAGCACAAGCACGCAUGUGAGCCCGUCAAACAGCGCAGCAAAUUCAGCAUGACGACUCUGCCAGACCUGUGCGAUUCCUGCGUUCACACAGCAGAAAUAAUAAGAUGGAAGAUAACAGAAGUUUGCGUUCGUCCAGAAUUCCUGCUACAUUGUGUUUUGGUUGGAGUCAUUUCACUGUGACAAAAUACACUUCUUUGGAAGUUAAAAAAAGCAGAAAACCAAAGCCGCGUGCGCUGAUUUAGUUCUGCCCUGCGAAACAAAAAAAUACAAAACUAUAAAGGAGCGCCUCUAUAAAUAGCGCUUCAUGAGAAACAGGUUGUGCGGUGCUGGGUAAACAAUACUUGGAAGCGUCUCUGAUGCAAAUAUUCAAAAUAAGGAAGUGUUUUUUCUCGUUUCUGACAUCAUUAUAACUAUCAAUCAAAUCAAAUUUAACUUGUAAUGCACUUUUCAUGUAAAAACAGUGUAGACACAGGCUGUCUUGAAAGCAGUGGGAAAGAAGAGAAUAAUUUAGUAUAUUAAGAUCAUCAUUACAAUUACUAAAAGAGGUUUUUAAAAAGUGGAUGUAGUGAUAGGCUUUAAAACACAGAGACAACCUUUUUAAGCAGGACAAACCUCUCAAGUGUUUACUCAGAAGACUUAAAAUUAACAGGCUUACUCUUUGAAAAGUUUGAUCUGAAAAAAUCUGUUACUUUUUAAGUGGGAUGUAAAGUCUUUACAUGACAAUCAUUGCUUAAAAACAGGGUUUAUAACGAUUAUUUAUACCUCUGCUGUGCUGCGUCCAAACAUUAUAAAGCACUCGAUUCCAUUCACACUGUAUGUUUAUGUAUUCACUAUUGCUAAUCGUUUUUCUUCAGUUCUCUACGUUAAUUAUCAUAAUUAAAAAUACAAAAACAUUUACAUGCAGUAUGAAAAGGAUGAACGCUGCUUGAGGCCGUUUAAAAAAAAAAUGUGUGCCUAUGUCUUGGCUCCAUCACAAGAGGGCGCUGAAAGGGAGCUUAUUAUCACACACUCUGACGUCCUGCUCAGAAUGAAAACCACUUCAAAAACAACAAUCUCAGUGCGGUGUUUGAGUUUGUUUGGAAAGGAGCUGGUGACAGUUAAUGUCAAUAUUAGCCACAAAUAUCCAGUUUUGAUCGAGCUGCAGUUUAAUAUCAUGUUAUUUUAAGUGACUUUUCAACAAAAUCUUUGAAUCAUGCUGUAAUACUUUAUGAUAUCAUGUUCUUAUCUGUGCGUCUCUUUUAAUGAGAAAUGAAGUGAGCUUUUCUUUUGUUAAAUCUGUGGGUGAAAAGACAUUCGUAGGAGUUAAUAGUAUUUUAAAACAUCUGUGUGCUUAGGAAGCAAGCAGCAAAGCAUAAAAGCUCCAGUGACGUAUUUCAAGCUAGCUAUGAAACACCUACAAAAGCAAACCAGGCCAUGAGAGGGAAAAUAGACUUCUUCCCUUUUGUUAUUUUGUUUAGAGGGUUAGGGUAAGACCUGCAUAAAAGGGGGCAAACAUGAACAGAUCCAUACUGGAGCUGUAAGUAAUGUCUGACUGAUCCCCUCUCUCCCUGCAGGUCAACUUCAACGAGCCCAUAUCCAUGCUGCAGCGGCUGUCCGAGGACCUCGAGUACCACGAGCUGCUCGACAAGGCUUCCAAGUGCCAGAGUUCCCUUGAGCAAAUGUGCUACGUGGCCGCCUUCUCCGUGUCCUCCUACUCCACCACCGUCCACCGCACAGGCAAACCUUUCAACCCUCUGCUGGGGGAAACGUACGAGCUGGACCGGCGGAGAGAGAGCGGCUACCGCUCCCUUUGUGAGCAGGUGAGGGGGGACACAACGGCACACUUAGAGCGGCAUUCUUUGCACUCGCAGGGAACUAUUUUCUAUAAUUUGCUCUUUCUUUGGGCUUUCAGUUGAAACAAAGUUAAACUUUUUGAAGAACCUGAGUGUGUUUACGCAGACUUGAUUAUCCUGGCUAUGAACUUUAUCCUGAUCUGGAUCGUGUUCAGGAUAUGGCGUUUACAGACCAUGAAACCGGCUUCUUCAUGCACUAGUUUUCUACAACAUACCGUGGGAAUGCGGCGCAAUGUCUCUUAUGUACUUGCCAAUGUGACCUGAUGUGCUUGAUACGUACUGGGUAACUAGUGUCUGUAUUCAUCACGUAGCUGGAACUGAGCCUAUACAGCAACCACAAACUGGGGUAAGGCCUGUAUACUCCAUAGCAUACAUAUUUUUUCCCUUACGUAGCAAAAUCUGGUUUGAUAAGUUUUUUUUUUUGAUGAGUUUUUUUUCUAGUUUCUGAAAAUGGAACAAAACACAAAAGUAGGACACUUGGGGAAAAAAAGUUUUAGAACCGAGAUACUCAACUCUAUGUACAGAGAAGAAGCAAUCAGUAUAACUUCUUCAUCUAUUCAUCAAAACUCAGACAGGGCGGGACGUUCAGUGUGACCUUUGUCACCUUCAGCAGUCACAGACAGCCCUGUCAUUUUACAUCGAGCUUUCCCAAAGCUUUGAAUGAAGCCAACUCAUCCAGGCCCAACUCUUGUACCAGUCAGUGGGAAUCCUCUGACCUUACCCCUCCCUUGACGCACCAAGACCUCUGUUUUCAAGGGUACAACAUCCAGGUCUGAGUUGCUGCUAAAGCCAGGACACAGUUUUUUUUUAUUUUGUUGCUUUUAUGUUUUCUCUGCAACUUUUCCGUGAGUCAAAGUAGAUACUAAGUGAAGAAGGUGGUUUCAAACAGACUUAAUGAAGGGAAAUUCAAUAGUUGAAAUAUCUAUAUUUUAUACUAUAUUAAUAUCUAAAUUCAAUAUCUACAACUAUAUCCCUGUAUCUUCCUGUUAUUUUAGUCAAACAUACAGGUAUAUCUCAAUUUGCAGUGUUAGUGUCUGCAUGUGAUGACUAGUGUUCGCCCAAAAUACAGUUAAUCUAUUAAUAAUAUUCGGAAACCAUAAAAAAGAGCAACUUUGGAUCCUUCGUGUUGCGGGAAACAGUUUAGUGCGCUAAGAUUUCCCGUAAUAUCUCCUGCAAGUCAGCUCACCCAGUGACCGGCAGCUUUCUAAAUUUAGAACGUGAGCUUAAUGGACCUGGUCAAACAAGUCACAAAUUAGAUUUAAUUAGACUCAUAAUGACUUAAUUUAGAUAGACAAUUAGACUUCAAGUGGUUUUAUGCCUUGCUGGAUAAUAACAGGUUUAUUUUGUAGGUCAUGAGUGAAAAAGUGGGACAAAACACAGAAAAAGGACUUGAGUUUGUGUCUAAACUGUAUGCAUCAUGGCGUCUUACUCUUCUACCCAGGUGAGCCACCACCCUCCUGCAGCAGCGCAUCAUGCCAUCUCCGACAGGGGCUGGACUCUUAGGCAAGAGAUCACUGUCGCCAGCAAGUUCAGGGGCAAAUACCUCUCCAUCAUGCCUCUGGGUGAGCGUGUACACGUGGGUAGCGAGUGUAUAAAACAUGUGUCACAGCUAAGUGCCAAUACGGGCGUGUUGCUAAGAUUGAUUUCCUGGUGGCGAGGUCAGAGUGUGGAGACAGAUGAUUGUUCAUCAACAAACCAGCUAGAAGAAUGCAGCAGCCGCACCUUUCUGCUGAACUGAGUGUGAUCAGUCAGACUCGUACAAACAAACAUGGCUUUGUUUUUCUUAGCUGACAAUAAUUCUGAUCUCCUGUUGGCAUGUCAGGCACAAUCCACGCCAUCUUCGAAAAAGGCAACAAUCACUACACGUGGAAGAAAGUUACCACCACAGUGCACAACAUCAUCGUGGGGAAACUGUGGAUCGAUCAGGUGAGACUCAAACCUGUGUGAUCGAUAAAUAACCGAAUCUAUAAAAGAUAUAAGCAUUCAGCUGUAAGUGAUCUGAUUGCCAGAGUGUAAUGAAGGUAUUUGUUUGACGUUUUAAUGGCUUCAACCACUGGGUGGAGGCAGGUAUUACAGAGAACAAAAGCCCCAGCGCCACAUAUAAUUACAUGGUUGGCGACAUAGCAUGCGAGAUCGAGGCGGACUUGACUGACAUUGUUAACAGGUCAGAGAUAAGUGGUAUGAAUAAAAUCCCACAUCAGGGUGCGCUGUAAACACUGUCAUCAGUCACUGUUGUGAAUCUACCUGUAAACUAGCACAGAGGUUGCCUGGCAGCAACAUGUGAGAAGUUGAUAGAUUCAUCUGGCGACAAAGUUACACUUUAGUCCUUUGGUUUGUCAGUCAGGAUAAUCAUUGAACAAACGUUUACAGAGGAAAAACAUCAACACUGUCAGCAUGUGACAGCCUGGUUGUAUAUUUAAGAUAGUAUCUUCAACGCUGAGAAAACUAUGCAGCUGCCUAAACUAACAUGCAUUUAACAUACUUCAGUAUCUGCUGUGUUGCUUGUGACAGCAGAACAUGUUAUCCUUUACAUUGCUUUGUAAUUAUGGUAUACCGUGUAUCACCCAUCAUAAAAUCCUCCCUCCACCUGUCAUCAUAAUACCUAUAUUGUGCUAUAGAUAUCGCUUGUGUAGGCAAUGAACAGCGCACUCAAAAAGGUGCUCAACUUACAUGUCAAAGUGGAUUUAUUGUUACGUUGUCAAAGAAAUUUGAAGCUGUUAUGUGGCUAAUUUCUCUUUGACGAUUUUUAAAACUCUCUCCCUCUCAGUCAGGGGAGAUCGACGUGGUGAACCACACCACCGGAGACCGCUGCCACUUGAAAUUUGCUCCCUACAGCUACUUCUCCAGAGAUGUGGCCAGGAAGGUGAGCAGAAUGCAAACGCCGCAGACUGACCCUGUUUUUUUGGUCUGCGAAUGCUCUUUUUGAGAGUCUCUUUUAUUCAUGUUCUCUUGUUCUCCAGGUAAAUAAACCUCUUAGAUCAGUUUAGAUGCUCUGGAUUGAAUCAUAUUAGGUUCUUUUUAAUUAAUGAGGAGUUUUUGGUUGAGAAACAGACUGUUACAGAUUCUGGUGCCUCUCCAGACCAGCAAUGAGACAAAAUUUAAACUUUGAUUUCACUGUUAAAGGACAACAGGACGAGGUUUUUGUCUGAAAACACAGCAGUACAAGAGAUGACAGGCAUCUGUUUGUCCACAGGGAGCGCCAUUGUCAGUGUAGACUCAAAGCUCUAUGUUGACAGCAGUUUUAAAACCUGAAAAUGCUGCUUAUCAAAGAUGAGCUUAACUUUCAUGUCAAACAAGACAACCAGUUAGGCUACUCCUCUUACAGACUCGGUGUCGCCAGGAUUGAUUUUCAGCCAUGUCCAGAUUCUCUGGGUCUUUCGAUGUGAUACUGAAGUGAUGAAGUCCCCCAAAUUCCCUGCAAGUUUAUGAUGUGAAACAAAAUGAUUGUCUAAAUAACCGCCCAUGUUAUUAUGUCUCAAACAAAGACUGCCCGAGUUUCCGAAUUUAACAUCUGAGAGACUCACCGUCUCUGUAAUGACCUCUUUACGAUGCUCACCUGUUUCAAUUAGACCUAAUUAGUUGGGAGUGUUUCCUCAAGCUCUUUUUAUGAACAUACAUAGUUCUGCCAGUGUUUUGUUGUCUGUGACCCAGUUUUUUUUUAACAUUGCUGACCUCAUUAAUUAAAGUGAGCACCUACUUUUCAGUUUCAGAAUUCUCUCUGCACUACUUUUUCAUCAAAUAAAGUAGUAGUUUAUCCCUCAGAAUCCUCAGAAAGAAUAGGAUAGUUUACGCCACAUCUCAGUUGGUCAUAUUUUUCUUCUCUGGUGACGCUCCGACUCUUUCCUUCAGGUGACCGGCGUCGUGAUGGACAAGGACGGCAAAGCCCACUACGUGCUCUCGGGCACGUGGGAUGAGAAGAUGGAGUUCUCUCGGGUGAUGCAGAGCAGCCGUGGGGGCGAGAACGGCACAGAGGGCAAACAGAAAACAGUCUAUCAAACUCUCAAGGCCAGAGAAGUGUGGAGGAGGAACCCGCUACCGUAAGUUGCUGUCAUGCAGGGUUGGGUGUGUGCGUGUGUGAGUCAUAUACACAAUCCAAUAAUAAACCAAACCUACCUAACGAGUCCUUGGCAAGAGAAGUACUCCGUGUUUUGUAUUUUAUGUGGUCUGCAUAGCUUCGCUAAAACCAGUUCUAAUUCAGAAGGAGAUUUUACAGCUGACUGUUCACAUUCAUGGAUAUGUUAUUGGAUUUUUGUCAUGGGAUUUAGCCGACUCCACAGGAAAUUAUAACAUAUUGUACCAAAUACUAUAAGCUCAUGAUUUAUUACCACAAAUAAUCCCAAUAUGAAGUGGUUAAUAUGACAAACAAGUGCUGAAGGCAGCAUGAAUCUGCAGUUUUACGCUUCAAACACACAGCAGGGAUUUUUUUUUUACAGGGUUAGAAAGGAAGUGUCUCCACAAAGAAACUCUGUCUGGUUUUGGAUAAAAAUAUCUCGUUUUCUUUAUAAGAACAUUAAUAGACUCAUUUUUAGAACACUUUUACUCUCUGAAGCCUGAAAGAGUUUUUGAAAGGAUCAAAACAUUGCUAAUUAUUGUUGGGUGCUGGAGAGAACCGGGUCUUGAUGCCAAUAGGGUGGGACAAGGCCCUGAUGCAAAGCAGAGGGGUCUCAUCCCACCUUGAAAGGACAACCCGGGAAUUCAGCCGAAUCCUGUGGGUUUUGCCCGUAACAAGCCGCUCACUGAUCCUGCUUCAUACCUGGCUACUUGGAAUGGCGUAAUCAACAACAAGAAUAAAUGUCGGAGUAAUCCUCCCACCGUUGUCUUUGCUUCCUCCAGGGAAGGAGCAGAAUCCAUGUACUACUUUACCGCCUUGGCGCUGACCCUAAACGAGCCCGAGGACGGCGUGGCGCCCACCGACAGCCGGCGCCGACCCGACCAGCGCCUGAUGGAGGAUGGCCGCUGGGACGAGGCCAACUCGGAGAAGCAGCGGCUGGAGGAGAAGCAGCGCAGCGCUCGGCGGGAGAGAGAGAGGGAAGCUGCCAGCCAACGCACCUCCAGCCAGUCAGAAGAAGGUGAGAGUCGACUGUGUGUUUGUGUUUCGCUCCUUCUGUAUUUCCUUGCUCUACCUUGCAUGGGGGAAAUCUUGAAAUUAAGGGGUAAAAAAGAAAUCUCUGUGAUCCCCCUUUUCUCUUCCUAAAGCUGUCGAGGAGGACUCUCUAACUGAUCCCUCUUUAAAAAGCAAGUACUCUCCUUUUGCCUUGAUCUGCAUCCUUUUUUAAUUUAUUCUCCCAUCGUGUUUCCAGUUUGUCUGUUUUUUUUCCCCCUCUAACACAUUUCUUUUCUAAUUUCAGGCGCACCUCAUGACAACUACCAGGCACUUUGGUUCGAGCGCUGCGAGGACCCCAUCACAGGUGAGCAACUUCAUAUCUAUAAAGGAGGCUACUGGGAAACCAAGGAGAGGGGCACCUGGGAAGGCUGCCCUGACAUAUUUUGACCUCGGCAUUGACUGCAAGGUGCCCUGAAGAGACUGAUCCCAUCAAAGCUGCCUGGUGGAGAGCUCCCACCAAAGGCCUGGCUCAUCACCCCCUGACCCCCUUCUCCCUCCUCCAGCGGCUCUCUGUUGUAAGAGAUCUCAAAGACAGUCACUACUGUCUGCUACGGGGAGGGGCCUCCUUUACCUGGUUUUGGUUCCUGUCUCCUUGUUGCUGUCACGUACCCGAUGGGACUGGUUAAAAAAUGUCUGUGCUGCUUUGACUCGGGUCAGGCCAGGAGGUGAAACGGGCAGUGCUUCCAAAUCUACAGUAGCCUCUCUGUCAACGUCUGUUCAGUCUCUCAGAUCAGGAGCAGAGGAGGUUUCAAGGCCUGAUGACACCCUGUGAGAUAAUGUAGUGUUCCUGUUGUCAUCCACAGCAUUGUGUGUUUUGGUUAUAACUCUAAAAAAGGGGGUAAGACCUGGUUAAUAUAUACAUUUAUACAUAAAUAUGAUUAGAAUAAUUUCAUUUAACUGUCGACUGGUGGCCUUCAACAACUUAGCGAGGAUUUCUUGUCUUUUUCUCUCUGAUUUAGUGUCUUAAUGUAAUGAAGUGAAGGUUCCAGUGUGCUUGUGUGUAUGGUGCAUAACCGCUCUUCCAUCACUGUACAACUCUGCCACUGUGCAGCUUACUGUGUUAAAAAGACAAAAACAAAACAAAUGAUUGUUGAAAAGAAUGGUUGAGCCUCCACACUCUUUUUUUUUCAAAGUUAGAGGAGAUUUUUUUUUCCCUUCACACAUGUUCUCUUCGCCUUAGAAGCAAACUGCUCAAACUUAUAUUUACUUCACUUCUGAGUGGAUUUGAGGCAGAUAGUAAUGGCUGGUUUCUUGAACAAAGAAUUAAACCUUGAGGAAAACGUUGGGGAAAGACGCAGAGAUGCAAAAUGCCAAAAAAAAACAACAAAAAAAAACAUCCCGUUCCAAUUCUGAGGAAUCCUUAACCUUGUCAGUUUUAAUGAAAUUAUCUUUGUGGCAGGGUUAAAAUAUGUCGAGUCAUUUUCCAGAAAAAGUGACAACUGAGCAUCAACUAUUUGAUUUAUUGUGUUGACAGUAACACAAACACAAAAACGAGCAAAGAAACAAGUAUUCAUACAUAUGCAAGUACAAUUUGACACCAAAAAAAUGAGACAAAAUGUGUGUGUGUGCGUGUGUGUUUGUGUGAGAUUUCAUAAUUUUGUUUGUAAGUGUACUUAAAAAUGAAGAAUAAAGACACAAAGAUGCAUUGCAAAUAACUAUGAUUUUAUAAAUGUAUAGAAAUUCAUAUUAUAGUAUUGAUAACUGUAAGGUAGUUUUUUUUCUUUAUUUUUGGGUUCCUCGUAUUAUUGGAGGAUUCUUCAUUUUCAGAAAAAAAGGGAGUUUCCAUACCUAACUGAGAGGGGAGACAUGACAUUGUUCAGUAUUUUGUAUUAACAAAGAAAAAUAAUCUGUAAUAAACAAAUGCUGUGAUGUCAAACAAAAAGCUGUCUUAAGUUUACUUUUCUUUUAUUGCAACAUUUAGGUUUUAUGAAUACGUUAACAUGGGUAAAGAUUGGCCGUAUUCUCUGUGAGCUUUGACUCAACAUAGGGACAGUGGCGUCAAUUCAAACAACAUGGGCUGUCGAUAAAAAAAUCAAAACUCGGCCCCUUAAUUAACAUUGUCAUUGAUCUUUCCAGUCAAACAAAAGAAGACAUUUUCUACGACCUUUAAAAUUUUCAAAAGAAACCUCUACUGUAGGUGGUUUUUAUGGUUUACAUAAAAAGAUAAAGGCAGCUGCACAGCCCAUCUUGGGUAUU